AUGGUUAAAAACAUAGUGAGUAUUAGAAGCUUGUGUCAAAGUACGAUCAGUAAUGCAACCUUUCGUUCUCAAGUGAAAAUACCGAAAGAGAAGCUCAAUAAGUCAAGGACUUUCGAUAAAAGUUUCCCGGAUCAGACUAACAAAAAGAAGAUUUGGGAAGAAAGAGGGAUUAGUAAAGAUGAAUUUUUCAUGAGAAAGUAUGGUAAUAUAAGUGAAGAUCAAAGAAAGAAGCUCAAAGAAAAAGUUGAACGUCAAAGAAGAUUGAGAGCUCUUCGUGUGGAGCAUGAAUCAUCAAAGCUAGAUAAGAAACCAAAAAGAGAAGUUUCACCUUUAGUUAAUUGGAAACUGAUCAAAAAUCCAAUGAGUGAUUACUUGUACGGUACUCAUCCAGUAUUAAGUGCAUUAAUGUCAAAUAAAAGAGGGGGGUUCAACCGAUUAAUUGCAUUAGAAUCGAUCAAAGAUAGUAAAGAUGACAAACAUUUAAAGAUCAAACAAUUAUGUAAGAAUUUUGGUAUUAAAAUAACUUAUGAACCUUUGAGGCAGAAUUUGGAUAGGAUCAGUGAUAGAGGAGUACAUAAUGGAGUUAUAUUAGAAACAAGAAAACUCUCACCACCUCUUGUGGAAUCAUUGUUGAAGGUUGAUAAGGAAGGAGAAUAUCAAUUAAAAUUUUACGAGGAAUCUUACGGAAAUAGUACAACUGAAAGUUUUCAAAUAGCAAGAAAGGAAGGACAAUUCCCCUUAGCAUUAUACUUGGAUGGGAUAACUGAUCCUCAGAAUGCAGGUGCCAUCAUGAGACUGGCUUAUUAUUUAGGGGUUGAUUUUGUUAUAGUACCUGAACAUGAUAGUGCUAGAUUAGGACCAGCCGCUAGUAAAGCCAGUGGAGGAGCUCUUGAAUUAAUGUCAAUAUAUAAAAAUGACAAUGCCAUUCCCUUCUUGGAAGACGCCAAAGGAAACGGAUGGGGGGUAUUAGUGGCAGAUGCAAAACCCACUGCUGAUCAAUUAAAGGACUUGAACGAGAACUAUUCCAAGCACUUGGUUAACAAGUAUGUUGAAACGAGCGAUUUGUCGGAUCUUUUGGAGCAAAUGCCUAUUUUAUUGGUGAUGGGUAGUGAAGGUGCCGGCGUAAGAACCAAUAUUAAGCUUCGGGCCGAUUUUUUGGUUGGCUUAGAGAAAAGUCGCCAUGUUAACGACGAUGAUAUUGAUAGCAUAGUCGACUCGUUGAAUGUAAGUGUCGCAACUGCAUUACUCAUUGAAAAGUGUCUUUCAAAAUAA